AUGCGGCCUUCGCUUCUUCUCCCCCUGUCCGUCUUCCUCAAAGGCACCUGGGCCGCUCUUGAAUGCCCCGGGUCAUUCGAGGACAUUUCGGCUGCGGACUAUGUAGCCAACCUUCACCCAGGGUGGAACGUAGGGAACACUCUUGACGCGGUCCCUGACGAAGGCUCGUGGAACAACCCUGCUGUCGAGGCCGCCACUUUCGACCAGGCCAAAUCGGCGGGAUUUAAGAGCAUUCGUCUUCCAGUCACCUGGGCGGAUCACUUCUCGGGCGAAUCCCCCGACUGGACAGUCGACGAAGCAUGGAUCCAGCGCGUCGCCGAUGUCGUGGACAUGAUCACCUCGCGCGAUCUCUACACAAUCGUCAACGUGCACCACGACUCGUGGAAAUGGGCCGACGUCACCGCAGAAGGAGCCAAUAUGACCGUGAUCGAGGAACGAUUCUACCGUCUGUGGUACCAGAUUGGCACGAAGCUGGGCUGCACGUCUAACCUGGUUGCCUUUGAGCCUAUCAAUGAACCCCCUUGCAAUGAUGAGAAGGACGCUGCUGAGAUCAAUAAGCUGAAUGAUAUCUUCUUGAAGGCGAUUAACGAUGCCGGUGGGUUCAAUGCUCAGCGCGUGGUGACGCUUGUUGGGGGUGGUGAGGACAGCGUCAAGACUUCGCAGUGGUUUGAGGCUCCGACGGGGUACUCGAAUCCUUUCGCGAUUCAGUUCCACUACUAUAGUCCUUACGACUUUAUCUUCAGCGCAUGGGGCAAAACAAUCUGGGGCUCCGACGCCGACAAAGACGCCGUAACAACAGACUUCAAGCUCCUCCGCAACAACUUCACCAAAAUCCCGCUCGUCCUCGGCGAAUUCGACGCCUCCCCAACAAACACCGAGCCCGCCGCCCGCUGGAAAUACUCGGACCACCUCGCCCGCACCGCAGCGGCGCACAACGUCUCCUACAUCCUCUGGGACAACGGGCUUGACCACCUCGACCGCAAAUCCGGCGUCUGGCGCGACCCCGUCUCUAUCUCCAUCCUCAAUAACCCCGACACUGGCGUCUCCAACAGCCUCCCUGAUAGCACGCAAGACGCCGCCACUACAACCCAGCAGUCCUCAGCCUACAUCUUCCACCAAUCCGGCGCGAAAGUCACCUCGCAAAGCCUCCCCUUCAUCCUCAACGGCAACGCCCUCCAGACUAUCAAGCUCUCCAACGGCACAGCCCUCAAACCAAACACAGACUACACCCUCACGGACUCAAAACUCACCUUCCCAGCAUCCUUCCUCUCCAGAUUCUUCUCCGCAACUACCGCCCCCGGCGUCCGCGCGACUCUCUCCCUAUCCUUCUCCGCCGGCGCCCCCUCCCGCAUCCAGCUCGUCCAGUGGGAUAAACCCGUCUUGAAGAAGGAAUCAGCGGCCGCUUCCGCCGUCGCGGGCUCGGACCUCCCUAUCCCUGUUACGUGGAAGGGUCUUGCUAAGCCAGCUGCUGUUAAGGCACUUACGAAGGAUGGGACUUACCUUGUUGAUGAUUGGACGGAGUAUUUGGGGCCGUUGCAGCAGGCACGAGCGACAUACAGCAACCAUUGGAAUUGGGAUGCGACGAAUGUUAUCCUCACCGCGGAUGCUAUUGACGCGGUGGUCGCUGCUAAGCAGGACACUGUGUUUACGUUUGAGUUUUUUCCCAGGGUGGAGGGAGGGGCGAACUCUGUUAACUUUACUUUGACGGUUUGA